UUCCAAUCUCUUCCCUUGCCCACUGAUUUCUUCUUCCACCAUUCCUCUCACUUUUUUUUGAGAUACACAAUUCUAGAUCUAUUCACCUUGAUGAACUCCUGUGCAGUUUCAUUUUAGGUUUAGCCUAAUUGAUUCGAUGUUUACCGGAACUGCAUGACCAAUUUUAGUUAAAUUACGAGGUUUUGAUGUGAAGAGGUCACUGAAAUGGUGGGUUCCCAGAGUCCAACGGGUCCUUCCUCACAAGAAAUGAAGAGGUACGGAAUCACCAAGCCAAUCUCUGUAGCCGAGCCCACCGAGGUUGAUUUUCAGCGUAAUAGGGAUUUGGAGAAGUUUUUGGUUGAUUCGGGUCUGUAUGCGAGCGAAGAAGAAGAUGCAAAGAAAAAAGAAGUAAUUGGGUGCCUUGAUCAGAUUGUAAAAGAUUGGGUUAAGCAAUUGACUAGUCAAAGGGGCUACACUGAUCAGAUGGUGGAGGAUGCUAACGCCGUUAUUUUUACUUUUGGGUCUUAUCGUCUGGGAGCGCAUGGCCCAGGGUCUGACAUAGAUGCUCUAUGUGUUGGGCCAUCUUACAUCAGUCGAGAGGAAGAUUUCUUCAUUAUUUUGCAUGAUAUAUUAGCUGAAAUGGAAGAAGUUACUGAACUUCAACCAAUACCAGAUGCUCAUGUCCCAGUUAUGAAAUUCAAGUUCCAAGGAAUAUCAAUCGAUCUUCUUUAUGCAAGUAUUUCUCUUCUGGUUGUUCCCAAAGACGUUGACAUUUCACACAUGUCUGUGCUGUGUAAUGUUGAUGAGCAAACUGUUCGAAGUCUUAAUGGGUGUAGGGUUGCAGAUCAAAUUCUUAAACAUGUUCCAAAUGUUGAGCACUUUCGCACAACGCUCAGAUGUUUGAAGUUUUGGGCUAAAAGGCGUGGUGUUUAUUCAAAUGUUACUGGAUUUCUUGGUGGUGUAAAUUGGGCUCUUUUGGUUGCACGUGUGUGCCAAUUUUAUCCUAAUGCAAUUCCUAGUAUGCUGGUUUCUCGAUUUUUCAGAGUUUACACGCAGUGGCGUUGGCCAAACCCUGUCAUGCUAUGUCCAAUAGAGGAGGAUGAACUAGGGUUCUCAGUAUGGGAUCCUCGUAAAAACCCUCGGGACCGAUCUCAUCAUAUGCCGAUUAUAACUCCAGCAUAUCCUUGUAUGAACUCUAGCUACAACGUCUCUGUAAGUACUCUCCGAGUUAUGAUGGAGCAGUUCCAGUUUGGUUACAAGAUCUGUGAGGACAUUGAGUUCAACAAAGCCCAAUGGAGUGCUCUUUUUGAGCCUUAUCUGUUCUUUGAGGCAUACAAGAACUAUCUGCAGGUUGACAUAGUUGCAGCAGAUGCUGAUGAUUUGCUGGCUUGGAAGGGUUGGGUGGAGUCACGGUUUAGACAACUUACCUUGAAGAUAGAGCGGGAUACAAAUGGGAUGCUGCAAUGCCAUCCAUAUCCAAAUGAAUACUUAGACACAUCCAAGCAGUGCCCAAAUUCUGCGUUUUUUAUGGGUUUGCGGAGGAAAGAGGGAGUAAGUGAUCAAGAACGUCAACAAUUCGAUAUAAGGGGAACAGUUGAUGACUUCAGGCAAGAGAUAGGGAUGUACAUGUUUUGGAAACCUGGGAUGGAUAUAUAUGUUUCUCAUGUACGCAGAAGACAGCUUCCUGCUUUUGUGUUUCCGGAUGGAUAUAAGCGAUCUCGACCAUCUAGGAACUUAAAUGAUCAGGAAGGAAAAACUUGUGAUGAUGUGUCUGCAUCUUUUGGAAGACAUGCUAAGAGGAAAAUUAAACAUGAAACUGAGGAGGUGAAGCCAAACAAAGCCGCGAAGCAGGCCUCUAUUAGUCCACAAAGGCCAUUGUCUUUUUCUCCAGAAAGUGAUGCAAGUAGAUCUGGUGUAGCAUCUCAGAUUGGCUAUAGUGCAGGGUUUUGUCAUUUGCCGUCUCAAGGUGCCAGCUUAUCUAGUGAGAAUUUGGUGAGUGAAAAAGAUAGUGCAAUAGCUUACAUGCCAUUGGGUGAAACUGUAGAGCAUAAGUCAGAUGCCUCAAAUGAGCGGAUUUCGAUGCAUGUAAGCAGUUUUCCUGUAGUUAGCAAUGAGGUACCAUCGGCCAAAUUGGUGGAACCCAUCCCUAAGCUUGUUUCAUGUGAAGUCCCUAAUACUGAAACCGGAGAUAUGGGUUCAGCCAUCAUGGAGGGUGUGGAGACUGUAUCCUCUGUAGGACUGUUAGAUUGGAAAGUGGGUGCUGUUAAGGUUGAUCAAGAACUAGUCAAACCAUGUACUCAAACGGAAAUAGUACAAAUUGCUGAAAGGGUGUAUGAGACAAAAUCCAGCUCUCAGAACCUCAAGUGCGAGGGUGGUGAGUAUGCUGCUGAUUUUGGCACACUUCUGGAAAAUGGAUGUCUAAAUGGAAGCGGGGUAUUUCAGAACAGCUUGUCAGAGGACUUGGAGACAAAUAAUGCACUUGGAACCAUGUCCAAUGAUGGAGCUAGGUCAGAAUCUUUGCCGAAGCCGGUGAUAAGGCAUGUGUUUUUGACACCCACAAUUCUUUUUAAUUCAAAUUGUGAUUUUUUUAUGCUUUCCUUUUGGUUUCUGUUGUUUUUGUUGUGGCAGAUUGAGUUUGGGGACAACGGCAUAAAGUUUGGGAAAUGCAGCAUUCUGUAAAAUCACUGCUAUGGCAGAAUGAGAUAAAGCACCUUGGUAAGUUCCUCAUUUAUUGCAGGCCUGCGUUAUAUUUCAACAUGUGCGUGCACAAUAGUGCAAUCAUGCUCACUUCAGAAAAUAGUUCAAAAGGGGUGACAGCCUUGCCAAGUUGGAAUGCAGUCAACCAUGCAGAGAACCAUGCAUAACUGGAGAAUUAGCCUAUUGUUUUAGGUGUUUGUUGUGCUGUGCAAUGAUCGGGGGUGCCCAAGAAACUCUUUAUGUACACUGGUGCUUUAUAGACUUCUUGUCCACUAUUAGAGCUGUGCUUUACUCAUUUUAUGAGUCGUUUAAUUGGGACGUGUAUAUAAAACAAUAGCCUGUUGGAUGUGGUCUGGAUUUCUGUCCUGUAUGUUUUAGAUUUUACGACAAUCACUUUUAACCGUUCGUAGUU